GCCCACAUGUGCCCGCCGCACCACCACGUCUCCCUUUCGCAACACUUGCCCCGCCUUUCACCCUCGCCAUGUUGGACACUUUUGAGAUAGUGACCACUUCGGGUGUCGUCUUGUGGUCGCGCACCUACGUCCCGGUCGGCGCAAACGUCAUCAACAGUUUAAUACGAGAUGUCUUCAUCGAGGAGCGCAUACAACCCCAGUCCGAGGAUGCUGGCUCGAAGCCUACGUACAAGAAGGAGGGAUACACGUUGAAAUGGACGGCGGCAAAGGACCUCGGUCUCAUCUUUGUGGCGGUAUACCAAAGCCUGGUUCACCUCACUUGGGUGGAUAAACUGCUUGACAAUGUGCGCGCGCUCUUCGUCGGCCUCUAUGGCGAGCAGCUCAAGACGGAACACAGCAGUGUGGUCAACUGCGAUAAAUUCGGCACCUACUUCGACCGCCAGAUGCACGACCUGGAAGGCGCGAGCGACUCUGGCGCACCAAGCAUCAAGCUCACCACACCCGAAUCGAGCACCGACAACGACAGCGCCGACGAAGCUGCACCCAAACCAGCCGCGCUACAGAAACCACAGCAGUCCUUGUACGAUACGAGUGCCGAUUCCACACCAGUGCCUACGCCAGAUACUUCGCGGCCUAGCACACCUGGCCAAAGUCAGCUCCUGACAGGAAAGGCGAGGCCGUUCGGGGGCAAGAUGUCACGGAGAGACAAGAAGAAGGCUUCGGCUUUCAGCUCGGCGCCAGUAUCAUCGGGCGACGAAGCAUCAGCAAAGAAGAAGGGCAAGGGCUCAGCGAAAAAAGGCAGAGUGUGGGGUGAAUUUGGCGCAGAAGAGCAGGACGACUCUGUGCUCGACUAUUCGCAGUCAGAUAUUCAAGGCGAUGCCUCUGGAAACGAAGCGCUCGAGGAGAUUAGGCCAGAGACGUGGGGCCACAAGACGAACAGGGGCGAGUUUGUGCUCAAGGAUCUCGACGAAGAAAUGGACGAGAUCAUCGCAGCGCAGAAUGCAAAGAAGGAGAAGGAGGCGCCCGCAGCAUCUGGUGGACUCGUAGGAUCCAGUUUGGGUGCAAUUGGUGGACUCUUCAGGAACGUAGUGGGCGGCAAGACACUCACCAAGGAGGCACUGGCAAAGCCUCUGAAAGAAAUGGAACAGCAUCUUCUUCGCAAAAACGUAGCUCUCGAAGCAGCAGUACGAUUGUGCGAAAGCGUCGAGCGGGAUCUUGUGGGCAUGAAGACUCCAAGCUUCACUACAAUUGAGACAACCCUCAAAGCCUCCAUGGAGAAAGCCCUUACCAAGAUGCUUACCCCAACAUCCUCCCUCGACCUCCUUCGCGAGAUCCAACACACCAACGCCACUACAUCCCGCCCCUACGUACUUUCCAUUGUCGGAGUAAACGGCGUUGGAAAAUCAACAAACCUGUCCAAAAUCGCUUUCUUCCUGCUCCAAAACCACCACCGCGUCCUGAUCGCCGCAGCAGACACUUUCCGUUCUGGAGCCGUCGAACAGCUACGCGUCCACGUAGACCGAUUAAAAGAGCUCUCACAAAGAGAAGGCGGACAAGUCGACCUCUUCGAGAAGGGCUACGGCAAAGACGCCGCAAACAUUGCUGCCGACGCCGUUACCUUUGCUUCAAAGAACAGCUUCAACGUCGUUCUCAUCGACACUGCCGGUCGCCGCCACAACGACCAACGCCUCAUGUCUUCGCUGGAGAAAUUCGGCAAAUUGGCCAAUCCAGACAAAAUCCUCAUGGUGGGUGAAGCCCUCGUCGGCACAGAUUCAGUAGCCCAAGCAAGAAACUUUAACGCUUCUUUCGGCGCGGGCAGGAACCUCGAUGGCUUUGUCAUAUCAAAAUGCGAUACUGUGGGAGACAUGGUGGGGACGUUGGUGUCAAUGGUGCAUGCGACGGGUAUUCCGGUCGUGUUUCUGGGUACUGGGCAGCAUUAUAGUGAUUUGAGGACGUUGAAUGUCGGCGCUGUCACGAGGUUGCUUAUGAGCUGAGUGUGUAGCGGGGUGAUAGAGGCUUGUAUUAUAGCGAGUGUAAUGUCAUUAAUCGUGGAAGUUUAUGCUACGCUAUUGAGUGAGAUCACUCCUGCAGAACAGCAAAUCUGAGCCUAUUGGGUUAUCUAGCAUACUCUGCCUCUAGCACCAAGGGGAAAGUUGGAAAUAAGCUGAUGGUGGGUAGCC